GACAACUCAGCUCGCACAGCGCGCAGGGGGUUGAUCAUCUGCUCUCCAUAAAUUGGGAGCAGGAACACCCACCCCGUUGGGCUGUGACGCCCGGAUCCAGGCAGCCCUUGGAACUGCGCAGGCUGAGCGGUGGGGAUGGGGAUGGGGAUGAGCACAUGACACUGCACGGGAAGCUCUGGGAGCACAGCCGUACCCUCAGAAUCACAUCGGGAGGAUUUUGUUUGUUGGCUGCAUCUCCAGGACGUGGGGAUGUCUGCAUUGGAUACACUGAGUCUUGCAAAGCCAAAAGACUGGAGCCGUUUGAAGAUUAUGUAACAUUAAAGGGGCAGAUACCCUGUGGAAAGAGGAAUAAUGGGACCAGGCAUUCAGGAAUAUCCCUUAUUACUGCACAGAGAGACACAGCAGAAGGAAAGCCACAGCCACGCCAAUGAAAACCACAAAGGAAUGGUAAAUAAUGGAAAAAGCCAUCCCAGCACCAAAGGACUAAAUAAACCAAUUUCUUAUGCGAAAUCUCCUCCUGGAAGAUUAGGCAAAAACGUAUCAAGUGCCAUUGAAAAGAUUUCCCAUGACACUCAAGAUGGUCACCAACCAAGUGUUUUUAAGAAGGGAAGGAACCAGCUGGAUGGCAAUAAUCACUCAAAAAGGAUCCCGAGUGUUUGCACCUCUCUGCACAGUGCACAAGGACCAAAGAGGAGUCUACCAGAAGGAAGGCAAAAUGAUUCCUUCCUGCACAGGAUCCCCCCUGGCACAAAGGGCAGCACACAAGGAAGCUUCUGUAGGGCUAAGGAUGUCCCAAUGCAACAUUUUUAUUGCAGUAAAAAAGAACAGUUGGGAAAGAGUCAUGGAGAAUAUGCUGAAGCCAGUCCAGGCUCUUCGAAAUGGCAAGAAGCAUCUGUAGGUGAAAUGUUUCUUGAUUUUGAAUCAGUACAAAUUAUUAAAGAAGAUGCUGAAGAUGAUAGUGCCAGUGACCUCUCUGACUCAGAAAGGAUUCCCAUUCCCCCCUCUCCCUGCACACCACCAGAACUCAUCCUCAGAGCUGAAGAAAUUGACCCAGUUUGUUUGGAACACGUCCCUGAAAUGGGAUUUAAAGAAUCUGAAUAUUACUACCCCGACUUCCUCCCACCCCCUUUCAACUCGUGGGACCUGAAGCAGCUGGCCAUCUUUGUCCAUGUGGAAGGGAAGACGGAUUUCCGCCCCAAGCCCACGGGAUCUCUGGAGAAAUACAUCGAGCGCCUGGUGCAGCUGGAGUGGCUACAGAUGCAGACGGUGCAGAGUGAGAAAGGCAAAGCUGCCAAAGCCCGGCCCCAGACUGCCCCUGGCUCCACCCGUGCCCUCAAGAGCCCUGGAAAAGGCAAAGCCUUGCUCAGCCCUGUGCCCAGCAGGCAGGCAAUGCCCCAGGAAAGUGCCACCAGGCUGCCCAGGAGCUGUUUGGGGCACAGGGCAGAUCCAUACUCUGAGGAGAGUCGCCAGGUACGUUCCCAUCCAGGUCACCUGAAACUUCCUGACAGAAUGGGAUGUGCAGCAUCUUCUCAGAGGCAAACUGGUGAUAUAAGGAGUGAACUGAAAAAGAAACCAGCUGCAAAGCAGCAGCUUCUCAGUCUGCAGCCCCUUGAGAGCAGCUCUAAAAUCCAAAGUGUUGGUAACAUCAGACCCCCCAAGCAAGCCCCAGCAUUCCAUGGUGCAGCUGCUCCCAUCAAAGGCUUAAAAACAUACACGUGUACAAAUCCAAAGAAAAAUGGCAAUGCCAGCAAUUAUGUUCCUCCUAAAAAACCAACAGCGGACAGGAAAAUAAAAACAAAUGGCACAAAGCAAAUGCCACGCAAAUUUCAGUGAGGGAAAACUCAUUAGUGAAUAUUGAUGCUUCUUGACUGCUAGAAAGCAUCUGGCCAGUGCAGAAGAAUUUUUUUUUUCUUCAUAGGAAGAUCCUGAGAAAAAUGUGUUCCUGACACGUGGUUCUGAGUCAGCACUGCUCAUUUCUAUACAUUUGAUCUUAAGCCAGCAGGAAAUGUUUUCCCUGAAGGGAAGUGUCUUCCAUUGGUCUUUCCUCAAAAAUAUUUGUAAUUGCUCAAUGAAGAUAACAAUAGCACAGUGUGAAGUUUAGAGAAGUAUAGAACGUCCUGUCUGCGCCAUUUGAAGUCUGAGGUGUUCCUUGUGCUUACCCUGCUGUGUGUGAGGGAAUAGGGUUCACGCUCUUUUUCCUUGCCCACAUGUGCUUUUUGUAAGACAGGUUUGAUUGUGGUGUUUUCUGAUGGAAAUGGCUCAGCUGUUUUUAUAAAAUAAUGGAGCCUGUUAUCUAUGCAAAGUCAACUCUAAUUCUUCACAGAAGAUGAUGAAUUGGAUUUUUUUUAUGAAAUAGAUAUUUUUUUGAGAAGAAGAAGAAGAAUGGAGAUAAUGUUUUGAAAUAUUUUAAUGCAGAAAGAAUUCUUUUUAAGACAAAGUAUUAGGGACCAGACAGCUUCAAUAAUGACAGAUUAAGAAAAUGGAAUGUGUAUUUUUAUACCCUGGAAUCUUCACUGUGUUUACAGACAGUUUUCCUGGAAGUUCAUUUUGUAGGCCUUGAUGGUUUUUGUCAUUUAGGGGAAAUGACCAAAUUUCAAACUGCACAUGGAUAUAUUUGAGUAAUGCAGCUAAGGCUUUUAGCAGAGCCUGUAUGGUCUGAAUUGCAGAAGUGGUAGCCUCUCAAAACAUAAAAGGCAGACUCUUAAGGGAAGGAUUUAAAGGUUGUAAGUUCAAGUAAAGAUGUAUUUUGAUACAGAGAAUACAUAUUUUCAGUCACCUAAGAUGACUCUUAUCUAUCCUGUGGUCCAGUCUAGCUUGGCUUCUUAAUGUUUAGGGAGGUGAGAUGGGGAAAUGUCCUACACAAAGAAAUUGUACAACCAGGAUUGGGCCCUGUCUUUGGGCCUUCUGUCUUCUCUUGUGUCUGUGAGAUCCAAGAGAAUACAAAGGACAGUUCAGAGAAUAUUCAAGUGUCAGCUCAUCUGUUAUGAUUUCAAAUCAAUCACAGCAGCUGAGGACAGGAUCAUGUUAACACGAAAUUCUAAAGAAUGUUUUUUACUUUCAUUUUAAAAUCCUGGUCAGCAUAUUUUCCUCCUCAACCACCAGUCACAAUCUUCAUGAGAAGUGAGCUGAGGUCUGAUGGACCAGAUUCUGCAAGUGGAUCCUUCAUGUUGUGAUAAAAAAAUGAAAAAGUAGCAAAUACUGAAGAGUACAUUAUGUAUAUAGCUAAAUUGCACUUCUCUUGGUGAGCUCAUCUUGGUUUUAAGAUGCUUAGCUGUUUCUAUCUUUCAUUGUGCCUACCAGAUCUUUAGCUUUGUAAAAUUUCAAAGCAUGGAUUUAUAUGUAGUUUAAAAAGUGAGAAUAUUAAGAAAUGUAGUAAUAAAGUAGAGUAUUUUACAGUACAUAAAAACGUUGCUCAGGAAUAGUCCAAGAAAUAUUUUUAGGUUUUUUUUUCCUAGUCUACUGCAGACCAAACGUGAAAUUUUGAAUUGGUAAAGGAAACGAAUGUAAAAGACACCAUUACAUUUCCAGAAUCAGUAUUUGUAAAGUUACACUUAAUAUGAAUUGUAGUUGCAUGUACAUUCAGCUCUAUGCAAUUCAAGUGAAACUUAAUCUUACGUGCUCAAAGACCAGAGAAGUUGGCUGUGUCUGAGGUGUGGUGGCACUCAGGAUGGGACUGAACACCAGCAGCUGCAGAGGACCAGCACAUCCCAGUGUUGCUGUUUCACCCUUUUGUUUUGGUCCAGCCUCAUGUAUUUCAGCUUUUUUAGAUGAAAGGUUCCAGCACCCAGUGGUAGUGUUUCAAGCUCUGGCCAAAUUCUGCAAGCCUGCCUUAGUCAAGUUUUCCUUAAUCACAUGAAUAGAAGUGAAAAAUAGGAGGGCUGCUUUGCCAAUAAUGAGGCAUUUAAUGCACUAUUAUAGUUCACUGUCAAAAGCACCAAACCUGAGGUGAGCAGGAUCCAGGCAAUAAUAGAAUAGCAGUUUUUUAAACCAAAUUCUGUUAGAUACAGUAAAUAAUUCAGCAUGUUGUUGUAGCAUUGAAUAUUGCUGGAUGCUAAAUUAUCUAAAUUGAAGCUUUCCUGGCUUGUAAGGAGGGCAUGUAGAUACAGGCACAUUUUGCAUGAGCACUUCUUAAAGGAUAAAUAAACCCUAUUUCAACCAGCUGUGACCAGAGCAAAGGUGAUUGGCACUGGGAAAAAGGUUUUGUCACAGAGGUAGGAAGGUUUUAGUGUAGUGUUUGUCAUCUUAUGGACAUCAGUCUGGUUGUUGGAGACUAAAAAGUGAAGCAGGUGGAAGUGGUGAUGCAGCUUUAAAGAAGUCUGAAAACUUGUUCACCUUUGGGCUCCGUGUCCGUGUGGGAUCUGGCCAAUUAAGUUUGUCUCCCAUGAUAAUCACACCAGUCUAAUUUCUGUCAGUGAUUUGCUAUUUCUGACAUGCUUGUCUCUAUUCACACACAAAACCAGAAAUUCUGUGUUUGCCUCAACAACAGCUCUUGGCCUGAGCAGACCUGCAAGGGUUGGGUUUUAUUAUGUAUCCAUUGUAACUUCACCAUAUCCUGGGCCUACAGAGGGAAAGAGCUCCUUUUAUGAAGAGGACUAUGGUUUAUGUUUCUUUCAUUUUGUAUUGCUGGAUAUUGUCUUUAGAAGCACUUCUAAACAGAGCAGAAAAUUUAUUGCAUCAAAUAUACUCAAUUUAAAAUUAAUUAAGAUACGUCCACAGCACAUUGUUUGUGUGGUUAUUAUCCUUUUUUUUUGCAAGGUUUAGCAAUACAAUCUUGUGGAUCUGAGCCUAGCACUGGUGAUACUUCUUGAAGAACAGAUUACUGUGAUGUGAGAUAUUUAGAGUGACUUACUUUUUUUGCUAGAGAAUGUAAAGGUUUUGUGUUCUGCAGUAUUACCUGCAGAACAAAUAUGCUCAGGUUGCAUUUUAAAUAAACAGGCAAAUUUUACUUGAGUUACAUGCAUAUAAACUUUGAACAACUCAGUUGUUUUCAGUGAAAUGACCCUGUUAGAUGUGAAGAAACAGAAUUUUACUCCAAAAUGUAUAAACUGCUUUCCUUAGUAAUGCUAAUGUAUUUUUAGUGCAUCACAUGAAGAAAUUUAAAGCAAUACUGUUUUUCUCUUGACAUGUUCCUUUUUUCUCCAUUGCUUGCAUCUCAUACUGAGGGCAGUUCAAGUUUUACCUGCCCUGCACCGUCUCCCACCGCAUUUUCAGUUGGAUACAGCAGGAUAAUGCUGCGAGGAGGCUUGUGCUGAUUUCAUUGGGCUAAACUGUCCUGUUUGACUCCAGACUGCUGAAAUCUGCCCUAAUCCCGUCACUGUUCAUGUCCUUUCUGUGUUUCAUUCAUUGUUCUUUGAGGUAACUGUUACCUUGUAUUUGCUAUUUACAGGAUCUUCUUAGAACUCUGAGAGAAUUUUGACAGUUUUUUCAGCCAGUAUGUGCUACCUUUUUUUGGAGCUGAUAUUACACUUUAAAUUUCUACAGUAUGAAAUUGCCUAGAAUGUACUGGGUUUUGCCUUAUUUUAAAGGUAUUGAGCCUUUGUUGCUCCCAUUGCAUUAGUGGUUUUUCAUUUGAAAAAUAAACGGACCACGCUGGAAGGACUGAAUUUCAUUAACUGAGGAUUUGCAGCCCAGCUUUUGAUGUUGGUUAUUCAUGUGUUCUUAUUUAUUUGAACUUUUUGUGGAUAUUUUUGCUAGUAAUUCCAUGGAAAAGUGAUCUUGUAAUUCAAAGGUACCGUAUAUUUGCUACAUUAAAAGUGAGAUACUGCUCUGUU